AUGAUGGACAACGUUGGCCGACUGAUGCGAAGGAGUGCUUCGCGACUGAUCCGCCAAGACGAGUCCGACUAUAACUUGACGGUGGUACUGGAGGAGUGGCAGUUGCUGACCCGCGCCGUUAAGCACUGCGCCUCACUGCAGCGUAGGGCUUCAGAGUCGGUACUCAAAUGGUCGAUGAAUGAAGAGAGCCGUGCUAUACGCGACGUCGCCUUCCAGUUUAAUGAUCUCUUCCAGCUGUGGAGCGAUGCCCAGGCCACCUACGACUCGUCCCUGCAGGCGUCCAUUGGCCAGCUCGAGAAGAUAUUUUCUUGUAUCGGCGCUAUCCAUGAGGCAAAAAAACAGCUCGAACAAGCUAUUGAUAAAGAGCAGAAACUGAGGUAA